CCGGGGCCGACGGGUACCGGACCCCCAGGCCGCAGGUGUACGGGUGGGGGCCGGGGCCGCGAGCUGGGGGCCACGGUUGACCGGUGCAGUCCGGCCAGGGAUGCAAUAGAGCCACCCGUCUACUGCAGCUCCCCAGCCCCGAGACGUCGCGCGCAGGUGCUUUGCACACAGCUGUCUGGUCUCGCCUGCAAGCGCGCUCCGCCGCGGGAGAGAGCCUGCCCGGCCCUGCAAACGGUUUUAUCAGACAGAGAGGGAAAGUGAGAGAGCAAGCUGCCAAGGUCCUUGCCUGCUGUGAUUCUUACCUUAAAGGAGUCAUGUGGCUGGAAAUUCUCCUCACCUCAGUGCUGGGCUUUGUCAUCUACUGGUUCAUCUCCCGGAACAAGGAGGAAACUUUGCCACUUGGAGAUGGGUGGUGGGGGCCCGGGGCGAGGCCCACAGCCAAGGAGGACGAGAGCAUCCGUCCUUUCAAGGUGGAAACGUCAGACGAGGAGAUCAAUGACUUACACCAGAGAAUCGAUAGGUUCCGUGUAACACCACCUUUGGAGGACAGCCGCUUCCACUAUGGCUUCAACUCCAACUAUCUGAAGAAAGUCAUCUCCUAUUGGCGGAACGAAUUUGACUGGAGGAAGCAGGUGGAGAUUCUCAACAGAUACCCUCACUUCAAGACUAAGAUUGAAGGGCUGGACAUCCACUUCAUCCACGUGAAGCCACCCAAGCUGCCCCCAGGCCGCACCCCUAAGCCCCUGCUGAUGGUGCACGGCUGGCCCGGCUCUUUCUACGAGUUCUAUAAGAUCAUCCCACUCCUGACCGACCCCAAGAACCACGGCCUGAGCGACGAGCACGUUUUUGAAGUCAUCUGCCCUUCCAUCCCUGGCUAUGGCUUCUCAGAGGCAUCCUCCAAGAAGGGGUUCAAUUCAGUGGCCACUGCCAGGAUCUUUUAUAAACUGAUGCUGCGACUGGGCUUCCAGCAAUUCUACAUUCAGGGUGGGGACUGGGGCUCCCUGAUCUGCACCAACAUAGCCCAGCUGGUGCCCAGCCACGUGAAAGGCCUACACUUGAACAUGGCUUUGGUUUUAAGAAAUUUCUCCGUCCUGACCCUUCUCCUGGGACGGCGUUUUGCGGGGCUUUUUGGCUACACCGAGAGGGACCAGGAGCUGUUGUACCCCGUCAAGGAGAAGGUGUUCUACAGCAUCAUGAGGGAGAGCGGCUACAUGCACAUCCAGUGCACCAAGCCGGACACUGUGGGCUGUGCUCUGAAUGACUCUCCCGUGGGACUGGCGGCCUAUAUUCUAGAGAAGUUUUCUACAUGGACCAACUCUGAUUUCCGCAGCCUGGAGGAUGGAGGCCUGGAGAGGAAGUACUCCCUGGACGAUCUACUGACCAACAUCAUGAUCUACUGGACAACAGGCGCCAUCGUCUCCUCCCAGCGCUUCUACAAGGAGAACCUGGGACAGGGCUUCAUGGCCCACAAGCAUGAGCAGUUGAAGGUCUACGUGCCCACCGGCUAUGCUGCCUUCCCUUCUGAGCUGAUACACUGCCCAGAAAAGUGGGUGCGGGGCAAGUACCCGAAGCUCAUCUCCUAUUCCUACAUGGCCCGCGGGGGCCACUUCGCUGCCUUUGAGGAGCCGGAGCUGCUGGCCCAGGACAUCCGCAAGUUCGUGGGGCUGCUGGGGCAGCAGUGAGCCCCGGGACACCCGUGCUCCCAGGCUUUGCUCGGGAAGAAGCCCUUGAGAGGAAGGAGCUCGCUUCUGUCCCCGCCCACGCUCGUCCUCCGUCCUCCACGCUCGCCCCCACCCCACCCCACACAUACCGUGUUGAGCAACAUGGCUUUGAUAAUAAAUGAUUUCACGUU